GGGACCGGCCCCCGGAGAGGCAGCCAGCCGACGGGAGGAUGCGGACGGCCUCGUAGGGAGCUGGGCCAUGCCCCAGGGGGCCGGGCUGCGCACACGGCAAUGCUAUGAGUUCAGAAGUCCUGAAAAUAGUGUGGGUACAGAGUACAGGUAAUGGACGACUCUACCAUCAAACCCUCCACCAAGGUAUCCCAGCAUUGACCAAGAGAUGCCAGCUGAGAGGGACCAGGUUUCUUCUAUGGGCGCUGAACUACCAGCUACGUAUGCCUAUUGCCUGUGAUGGAAGAACUUGAUGUUAAUGUGAGUUCGAGUGAGGGGUUCGGCGUGGCAGAGAAGAUCGCACUGCUCACCUUUAUCUCGGCGGUUAUACUCAUGACCAUCCUGGGGAACUUACUGGUGAUGGUGGCAGUAUGCAGAGACAGGCAGCUCAGGAAAAUCAAGACCAAUUAUUUCAUUGUCUCACUUGCCUUUGCGGACCUGCUGGUGUCGGUGCUGGUGAUGCCCUUUGGAGCUAUUGAGCUGGUUCAGGAUAACUGGAUUUAUGGAGAGAUGUUCUGCCUGGUCCGAACAUCUCUAGAUGUCCUGCUCACCACAGCAUCAAUCCUUCACCUGUGCUGUAUCUCCCUAGACAGGUACUAUGCUAUCUGCUGCCAGCCUCUGGUUUACAGGAAUAAGAUGACACCACUGCGCAUUGCUCUAAUGCUCGGAGGGUGCUGGACUAUCCCGACAUUUAUUUCUUUUCUCCCUAUAAUGCAAGGCUGGAAUAGCAUUGGUAUAUUAGACUUGAUACAACAAAGACAGUUCAACAAGGCUUCCAACUCAACCUACUGCGUAUUCCUGGUCAACAAACCCUACGCCAUCACUUGCUCAGUGGUGGCUUUCUACAUUCCAUUCCUCUUGAUGGUGCUGGCCUACUACCGGAUCUACAUCACCGCCAGGGAGCACGCCCGCCAGAUCCGGAUCCUCCAGCGUGCAGGGGCGCCCACAGAGGGGAGACACCACCCCUAUCAGCAUAGCACUCACCGUAUGAAGACUGAGACCAAAGCUGCCAAGACCCUGUGUAUCAUCAUGGGGUGCUUCUGUCUGUGCUGGGCCCCUUUCUUUAUCACUAAUGUCGUGGACCCGUUCAUAAAUUAUACUGUACCUGAGCAGCUGUGGACAGCUUUCCUGUGGUUGGGCUACAUCAAUUCAGGGUUGAACCCCUUCCUGUAUGCCUUCCUGAACAAGUCUUUCAGACGUGCCUUCCUCAUCAUUCUGUGCUGUGGGGACGAACGCUACCGAAGGCCUUCCAUCUUGGGGCAAACUGUCCCCUGUUCCACCACCACUAUCAAUGGAUCAACGCAUGUGCUAAGGUACACAGUUUUACAUAAUGGGCAUCAUCAGGAACACGAGAAACUUCCCAUCCACAAUGACCCAGAAUCCCAGGAGUCCUGUUUCUAAUGAAGACCCUGGCAGAGGAACCACACACCUGCACACCAGAUGAUUUUGGAGCAGCAGGACUCUAAUGCAAGCUCAUUUGUCUGCAUUUCCCUGGUGCCUCCUGUAUUGAUUUGAUAGGAAUGGCUAACAGCAUGAAUAUGGUGACUGAUGAGGCUGAGGAGGGGAUGCAAUGUGCAGAACAAUUGAGGAGACCUCUCUGCUGCUGCAGGAGGAUGUCUGGACUUUCUUAACGCAGCAGGGCCUUAAUGUCAGUGCUUUACAGAGGUGUGCAGACUUCCAUCCCUGUACACAAAGAGCACACACGCAAGCCCUUGCACACACAUACCCACACUGAGAUUGAUGGUUUUUCGCCAGCUGCCAUUUUUUGCUGCAUGCUGCCUCUUUGUUUUGUGGCCACAAUAUUGUGAUCUUAAAGAUUUCAAAGUCUGACUUGAAGCUGUAACGCUGAAUGGCAGUAAAUGCCUCCUUUGUCUGCUCAAGGUCACACCUACGCCUAACAUGGUGCUGUCAGGAGAGACGUAGUGCUUAUGUUUUCUUUCUGAAAAGAAAAGGAAUUCUUUUCCUUCUCAGUUAUCUUCAAUGGUGAGAUCUGUCAGUGUGAGCUGACAGUUCCCCCUGUCCAGCGCAAUAUCAAGGGAAACAGUGUUUUCCUGUAGAUACUUUCCAGUGAGGGUCCUGACCAAGAUCUCUGGUAAAAGAGCCAAUGAGCAAAAAUAGCCCAUGAAGAUCUAAAAUGCAGCCCACAGAGACAUAUAAUCUUUGAUAUGGAGACAUGGCCCAGCAAGUGCUGCUCUACAGUAGCCAGAAGACAGUAGUCGCAGUCUGCCCCAUUUUCUGCCUAUUAGAUGCAGUAGUUCUUAUUUGGGCAAACUUUGGGCAUCCUGCCUGUAAAAGAAAGGUUGAUCAAGAGACAAAGUCCUUAGGGAAUAUCAGCCUGUAAUAGCUCACUAAGUGCCAUGUUGAUAAAUAUAUGUCAUCUAAAGAGCUCUUCUAUCUACAGUUGGAAGACAAACUCCUGCUUGGGUGUUUUGCUUUUUCCUCCCUCCCCUCCCCAACUCCACCCGUGAGGCUUAAAAAAAACAAGCUUCAGAACUUUCAAAUGUUGCCCUAUGCAUCUGUCCUUUUACAAUAAUCUCAUAUCCUAGCGACUUCCUGCAUGCAGAUAUUACAUUCCUUGUAGGCAGCUUCCUCCUUUGCAUGUAAAUGACAGGCAACGCUGUAGAUCUAGGAACCCUGGGAGUCUGAUUUUCGUGCAGUGGGAAAUACGCAGGUUCUACACUGUGGGCCUGUAACCUCCUUAGAUGAAGAUCUAACCCAAAGAUGACGGCCUUAGCCUGGAAAACAGAAAUGUAUUUUGUUACAUUGUGUAAUCAUGUACAGAUUUUUUUUAAUGUAAAGAAAAAAGUUGACAUUAUUUAUUAUUAUUUUUAAAAAGAAGUGUUUUUUUCCAUUCUAAGCUUCUAAAACAUGAGAGUUUAACAUAUAAAUAUAAAUAUUAUUUUAUUAAAUGUUCUGUUGCUAUGUGACAGGUAUCUACUGUAAAAACAACCUGCUUUGAACAAAGAAAAAGUACUGCUGAGGAGGAUGAUUUUGUGCAUGAUAACAGCAAGUAGGUUUCCAGCCAUGGUGUCUGAUUAUCCUUGACUUCUGUGAAACGUUCUUUGCACUUGGAAAAACUCCAUGCUAAAGUUUCUCAUCCUUUUCUUUUAAAAAUCAUUAGUGCACUGGCCAGGAACAGCCCUAAUUAGAUGAAAUGGCAGAGCCAAAUUUUAAUUUAGAAAACCCAAAGAGGUUAGCAGUAGGCACAAAGCUGUUGGCUUUGACACUUCAUAUUUUACUAUGGCUACUGGCAGUAAAUAUAAGAUGUUCUAAGAGAGCGCGUGAGAGACGCAAUUUGAGAUAAAUACUGGUUCAUCACAAAGGCCCAGUUCAGUAAUCACAUGCUUGUGUAGGGGUGGCUUUUCAAAAGUGCUCAGGAUUGCCCUAAUUCUAUUCCCAUUGAAGUCAAUGAUACAACUUCCAUUGACUUCAAUGGGAGAAGAGUUAGGCCACUGCUGAGUGCUUUUGAGAAGACCAUCCCCAAGCAACUUUACUCCUGUGAUUUAGUUCUCAGUGGACCUAUUCGUGUGAAUGGUGUUUGCAGGACUCAGUUCUGUGACAGUAGCUCAAGUAGUGAUGGGACCCUGCAUUCAUCCUAAGUGGCAACAGGGCCGGCUCCAGCUUUUUUGCCGCCCCAAGCAGCGAAGCGGGGGAAAAAAAAAGA